GCCCGGGGGCGGGGCCUGCGCGCGGGGGCGGGGCCUGCGGGCGCAGAAGGCGACCGCGCAGCGCGCCUGAGCGGGCCGGGGUCAUGAGUGCCUCCCGGCCCCAGUUCAGCAUCGAUGAUGCCUUCGAGCUGUCCUUGGAGGACACGGGCCCUGGGCUCGAGCCCAGCGGGGUCGCCCGCUUCGGGCCGCUGCAUUUCGAGCGCCGGGCCCGGUUCGAGGUGGCCGACGAGGACAAGCAGUCCCGGCUGCGCUACCAGAACCUGGAGAACGACGAGGAUGGAGCCCAGGCCUCUCCGGAGCCGGAUGGGGGAGUCAGCACCAGGGAUUCUGGCCGAACAUCCAUCCGCAGCUCCCAGUGGUCCUUUAGCAGCAUCAGCAGCAGCACUCAGCGCUCCUACAAUGCGUGCUGCAGCUGGACUCAACAUCCUUUGAUCCAGAAGAACCGCCGGGUGGUGCUGGCCUCCUUCCUGCUUCUCCUGCUGGGGCUGGACCUAAGCCACGUGGGAGAUCGCGGGUGGAGGUCCCCACCCUGCCACCAGCUUCUGCCUCCUGCGGCGCCUCCCUCACCCUCGCGGCUCCAUUUGUAUGCAGUGCUGAUCCUGACCGGCGUGGGACUGGAGGUGGCCCCCUCGCCAGGUGUCUCCAGCGCCAUCUUCUUCGUUCCGGGCUUCCUGUUGCUGGUCCCAGGAGUCUACCACGUGAUCUUCAUCUACUGCGCCGUCAAGGGUCACCGGGGCUUCCAGUUCUUCUACCUGCCCUACUUCGAGAAGUGAGCAACCGGCGGUAGACGGCGGGAUCCAGCGUCAGCGCCGAGAGGCCCCAGUGUGUGCGGCCUCCUCGCAUCCCUAGAGGGGCACUCCCGGGGUCCGCGCCCGGCUUCGGGUCCCUCAUCUCAAGGGAAGAGCCCCGCCGGGACCCUCAAGCCCCCUAGUCCUCUCGGGAGUUUGCUCAGGAAGUUUGGGGCAUGUGGGUCUUGGGCCACUACCUGAGCCUGGGAAAGUCGCCCCUUCCCUCUCUGUGCCUUAACUUAUUCUCAGGCCCUGGGGUUGCUGGGUUGGUGAUGUUUUGUGCUAAUAAAAGCGGUGCUUAAUUUCA